CUUCAUCGUACACCAUCGGGUUAUCUUUAUCUUCUGCUGCCGAGGGACGAAACAGCGACUGAUUGGGAACCCUAAUUUUGAGAACAUCUCUAAAAUCAGAGCUCUAUCACCUCCAAAUUAUCAGGAUUCCUCAUAGUAUUGUGACUGCUGGUUGCUGUGUAAGGUGUUAAAUGCUAAUGGAGAAAUCUUAAGGAGUAAAAUGACAUAUAGGAACAGAGGUUUAGUGUUAUUGUCUGAAAUGGCAUCAGUGUCUAGUCAGCCACAGUUCCGUUACACCCAGACACCCUCAAAAGUGCUUCACUUGAGAAACUUGCCAUGGGAGUGCACAGAGGAGGAACUGAUUGAACUUGGGAAGCCAUUUGGUAAAGUUGUGAACACAAAGUGCAAUGUUGGAGCAAAUCGAAAUCAAGCUUUUAUUGAAUUUGCAGACUUAAAUCAAGCCAUUGCAAUGAUAUCAUAUCAUGCCUCAUCAUCGGAGCCUGCUCAAGUACGGGGGAAAGCUGUGUAUCUACAAUAUUCCAAUAGGCAAGAAAUAGUGAAUAAUAAAACUGCUGCAGAUGUUGCUGGAAAUGUACUUUUGGUAACAAUUGAGGGUGCAGAUGCACGCCUUGUCAGCAUUGAUGUUAUGCACUUGGUUUUUUCAGCCUUUGGAUUUGUGCACAAGAUUACUACAUUUGAGAAGACAGCAGGAUUCCAGGCCCUGGUGCAAUUCUCAGAUGCAGAAACUGCCACUUCUGCAAAGGAUGCUUUGGAUGGAAGAAGCAUACCCAGGUACCUGCUCCCUGAGCAUGUGGGACAAUGCACCCUUAGGAUCACAUAUUCUGGGCAUUCAGACUUAAGUGUCAAGUUUCAAAGCCACAGAAGCAGAGACUACACUAAUCCUUACCUUCCUAUUGCUCAAUCAGCCAUGGAGGGAAGUGGACAGUCCAUGAUGGGCUUGGAUGGGAAGAGACUGGAGGCCGAAAGCAAUGUCCUUCUGGCAUCUAUUGAGAACAUGCAGUAUGCAGUAACCUUGGAUGUCUUACACAUGGUUUUCUCUGCUUUUGGACCUGUCCAAAAGAUUGCUAUGUUUGAUAAGAAUGGUGGUUUGCAGGCUCUGAUUCAAUAUCCAGAUAUUCAAACUGCCGUUGUGGCCAAGGAAGCCUUGGAAGGACACUGCAUAUAUGAUGGAGGUUAUUGCAAGCUCCACAUCUCAUUUUCUCGUCAUACUGAUCUUAGUAUAAAGGUCAAUAAUGAUAGGAGUAGAGACUAUACUAUUCCUAAUGCACCUGUAGUGAACACUCAGCCUUCAAUUUUAGGGCAACAUCCAGUUCCCAUGACGGGUGCUCCUGCUCAACAAUACAAUGGACCUCAGUACGCUCCAAUUACUGAGCAGACUAUGAUGCCUCAUUCUCAGGCUGGAUGGGGAACAGUUCCACCAAUAGUACCUCAGUCUAUGCCACAGAUGCAUAAUAAUCCUUACAUGCCACCUGGUACAAUGCCACAACAAACGGCCCCAGGAAUGAUGCAGUUUCCUAGUCGCAUUCAAUAGCAUGCAUCUCCCAUGUCUCAAAUAGACCAACAAUUGGCUAGCAGAGUCAGCGCAUCUGCAGAAGUGAGGAUCACAAUUUAAUUCGGGUUUCCUAUAUGGGGAAACUGGCCUACAUUUGCUGGCUUGAUUCUGAAUCUCAUAGUAUGUUUCUCCCUUGGUUGAUUUUUAGAUUUUGAAUUUAUGUAAGCAAGUGGUCAAGAACUUUUUCUUGGUUGGCAACUUUGAAACAACUACUCAAUCUAUUUUUCUUUUAUUU